AUGUCCCAAGAAGGCGUACCGGUAAAAAGAAGACGGGAAAAUGAUCCCGAUGAACAACCUGAGCUUAGAGAACUCAUAGAAAAGAAUACAAUGGUGACCGAUCAGAUCAAGAAAAUGGAAAUGAAUAUCACAGAGAUUAAGGCAAUGGUUAACAAUCAGGAAAAGAAUAUUCUGAAGAAAAUGGAAAAGCUGGAAACUCAGAUCAACGCGGAGAAUAAAGGGGGGCGCAUGUGCUCACUUCCACGUGGCAUAUUUCCCUGGGACUUGAUUUCUCAAAAAAGCCAUAGACGGUACCUUUCACUUGAUUUUUUGAAUGUUAAGAAGAAAAUCGAUAUUUUCAGAUUCACUUUGGAAGGAAUAAUGCUUCUGAAUGACGUCUAUGACGUGAGAACCGUUGGAGAACGAUGUCAAGAAUAUUUGAUGGAGAAAUCGCAGCUCAACGUGGUCAAAAAGAUGAAAUUAGUCUCUAAAUAUAGGAAUGAGGAGUUGACGGAAAAACUGAUAUCUGAAAUCAAGACCUUGAAGGAGUACAAAAGCAUCGUGGCAGACGGAGUGGAUGAUUUUAGUCUUGAUGUUGCCCAGGCGCUUCUAAAGAAGUCUCUUAGUCUUCAGUGA